CAUCACACAAAAGACUGAUCUGUUGUACAGGAAAUGCUAAAAUGGGGAGUGUUGACGGUGAAGCUGAUUACAACCCCACAGUAUAUGGCAAAGCUCUGGACUACAGUGGUGAUGAAGAAGUGGAGAUUAUCUGUGCUGGGGGAUUUGACUUGGGAUACAUCAGUGCUGUGUUCUUCUUUUUAAUCUUCAUCCUGAGUGUCACCGGCAACGUUCUCCUCCUGUGCAUUCUUGUCCGCUAUGAGAACCUCAAAAAAGUCACCAACAUGUUUGUCCUCAAUCUGGCUUGCUCUGAUCUGGUUUUUGCUCUCACCCUUCCAUUCUGGGGCUACUAUCUCCAGUCCAGCUGGGUCUUUGGUGACUUUGCCUGUGCAUUUGUGACUGCGGCUUACUUUGUUGGUUUGUACAGUAGUGUCAUUCUCCUGACGGCUAUGACAGUGGAUCGGUUCAUAACAGUGGUACUGCAGAAAUGGCCAAGUUCUGUAAAAAGGCAAAGGUGUGCAAUGGGAGCCUGUGCAGCUGCUUGGGCCAUUAGCAUUAUUGCAUCUGUGAGCGAUGCCGUCAAUGCAAAGGUGGAAUACUAUGGGAACGAUUCUGCUACUUGUGAAGACUCUCAUAACCCUGAAAGCACUGCGGUUAAGAUGGGCUAUUACCUCCAAAUAGCACUGCUCUUCUUCCUUCCAUUUGCUAUCAUUGUUUUCUGCUAUUCUGCCAUCCUCAAAACAGUUGUGCAUGAGUCAACCAGGAAAAAGCACAGGACCGUUGUGGUUGUGUUGUGCAUUGUCGUGGUCUUCUUUAUCUGCUGGGGACCUUACCAUAUUAUUAUGCUCAUCCUGUCUCUGUACAACCCAAAAGACUGCCAUAAGAAAGAUAAGUUGAUUAUCAUCCAUGACAUUUUUUGCCUACUUGCCUACUCUCAUUGCUGUAUGAACCCAAUGCUUUACACACUCUCGCAAAAGUUCAGAAUACAUCUGGUGAAUCUCUUCCACUGUGGAAAUGGAAAGAGGAUGGAGAGGGAAAAGGAGAAAAGCAUCCAUCAGAGCACCUCACAAUAUGAGGCUGUGAAAGGCCAGGCUGUUGUAGCCAAAAGCUCUGCUGAAGUGUUUGAAUUACAGUCUACAGCCACUUGGAAAUAACCAGAUUAUGGCUGUAAAUGCUUUUAAAGUCUGAUUUCCCCUUAAAUUUCAUUUUAAGUAGCCUUAAAGUUGGAAAGAAGUCCUUAUUGUAAGAUAGUGUCAUACAUAUUCUGAAUCUGCUAGUUGCAACAUUUCAUUGAAGCUACAUAAUACGUAUAUAAAAUAGUCAAACCUAAGAUACCAUUAUUUU